AAAACAGCUCGCGUCAGUCGUAGUCGGGAAGAGCGCGCGCGCACACGCCGCCACGCCGCGCUUAUAGGUUAGAAUUGGCGCGUCCCGCGGCCGCCAGGUGCGAUCCUCGCCCGCUCUAACGCACUGCCACUCGUAUCCUCCCUCUCGCACGCUACCUGCGGACAGCUGUUUUCUCUCGGGAGAUUAGUCAGAUGUUUCUCGCUAACCAGUCAGUACUCACCUGACGCGCGUUACGGUUAUGGCGGCCGGAGGACGUACACCCAAGCAGAGGAGGUUCGAGAUGUCGGCGGGAAUGGCGCUGAGGACGUCCAACACUCCCAGGAGGAGGCGUGGGAGCUGCAAGUGCUUGUUCGGUGCUCCCGACCGGGACGAGACGAGGCGGCUAAUGGCUGAGCAGUACGCCAGAGAGAGGAAACGCUUCAUCAGACGCUUCAAUUUCGACAUUGAGACAGAAUGCACUUACAAAUCUGCAAAGAUGGACUCUCCAGUCAAAUUUUGUGAAGAGAAUAAGGAGAACGCGGAAAGUCCUGUGAGGAUGGCGACGGACGCGUUAGCUUGCGUCAGUAAUACCGACCUAAGGGUCUUGGGAUCUCCAUCACGAAGAAGUGCUGGUAGUUCUGCAAGCUCGCCCCGCACCCCGCGCACCCCUAGAACGCCGCGGGCCGCACGCACCCCUCGCACGCCCCGCACCCCUGCCUCCAGAAGACAGCUGCAAAUGACAGAUUACUGGACAUUAAGAAAACACGCGGAUGGAGCGUCGAGUGACAAAGAAAAUUAAAAGCUACAGAAAUUAUAAGUUAACUAAUUUUUAACCUAGCUUUAGACGACUAAAAGUUCAACCUUAUGUAAAAAGCAUGCGUUUUUAUAAAUUAUUAUUUAAAAUAUAAAACAAUUUUAUUUGUAUUUAUAUUAUAUAAAUAAAUAAUUACUUAGCUAGCAAUCUUUUUAGGUGCCCAAGUGUUCCUAUGAAAGCUUAACUUUUUAAUUCAUGACUUUUUCAAAUUAAAUUAAAAUGUUUAGAAAGUAAUUUUAAUGUUUUGGAUUUGUGACAUACUUUUGGAUAAGUAGAGGCUAAAAUGAAAAAUGUAUUUCAAUGGGUUCCAAGGAACCAUUUUUCUGAAAAAUAACUAUAUAUUUUUUGACAAUAUUCAACUACAUACCUACCUACUUAACUGAUUUAAUGAGUUUUCCAAUUAAAAGUAACUGAUAAAGUUUUUGUUCAGCAAAUUAAAAAAAAAUGCCUUCUUUCAGAUAUUUUAUACUAAUCCAUGUAAAAUAUAGUUAAAUGUCAUACCUUUUUUGUAAUCAUCAUUUAUUAGGUGAAAAAAUAUUUUCUCACUAAUAAACGAUACAAAUUAAAAAUGCAUAAGUACAUAGUUCAUGAUGAAUAAAAGGUGCAUAUGUAUAUCGUGCAAAUACUGAUUUGCAUAUUUUAAAUAAUAUUUAGUUAAUUUUAGUAUUUCAAAACCUUGUACACUUGUAGCAGUUUAAACAACAUGAAAUUUUCGAAAGUUAUGAAUAUAUUUCGCAUCUCAAUACUUGAAUAUUUUGUGUAACAUUAAUUUUCACAUCUAUGUAAUUAAGUGGUUAAGCUCUGUAUUUUUAAUACGUAAUAGCCGACUUAAGUCACCUCUUUGAAAAAGAGUGGAUUUCAGUCAGCCACAGGCCCACUUUUAAACGAAUAAUUAAAAUCCAUCACCACUUUUGUUUUUGUACAAUAUUUUAAAAUAUGUAUUAAAGUGUGUUCCCACUACGGCGGGGAUUACAACUCGUGUAUUAACAUUUCAAUCUACCAAUGUUGAUAGCUAAAUUACUUGAAGUAGCUUGACAAAUAAAAAGUACGAUAUAGUACUUUUUAACGUAAAGAAAUGUUUUAAUUACUUCAGCUAAUUUUGCCGUCAAACUAUUGAAUUAAUUUAAAUGAAUUGAAAUUAAAUGAAUUGUUAGCACACGACUUUUUACCUUCGCCUCGUUAGUGGAAACUCACCUUUAGGCUAAGUGUAUUUUCAUGUAGAAUCUAGUCUAUGAUCUCUGCAAUAAAUGUGGUCUAUGGUCGCUCUCAGUGGCCUCGCUUCCUAAUAUUCUGUCCUGUAGUAUAAGCUUGUAAAAUAUAGUAGAAUAGAUUAGUAAAGGGUUUUAUUUAGUGACUAGUGACAAAAUUUAAUACUUUGUGUGUCCAAAUAAACGGAAAUGUAAUUUUUA